CACGUGACGAUACGAUAGUCAAGUGAAGGCCCUACCGAGCGUGGUCUUCCGCCAGUCUCGUAAAGCCACGCCUUUUUAUGAUGACGACAUUUUCCCGCCUUGUCUUGUGUUGUUUCCUGGACAGAAGGCACCAUGCUCUGCUCUGCCGGCCCCAGCGACUGGAUCAGCGCCCCACUCAGGCUGGUGCAGGAGAUGUACGCUCAGGAGGGGACAUCUCCAGGUUGGGAGAAGAAGGUGACUUCUUUCUUCCAUGAGAAGCUACAAGACAAUCAGAGCAGCUGGGUCCCCAGCCUGAAUGAUAUUCCCCUGCAUUACCUGAAGCCCGGAGGGCUCGUCCGCUUCCGCUGUAUGAUCCAGGACAUGUUUGAUCCAGAGUUUUACAUGGGUGUUUAUGAGACUGUUGAUCUUGGUACCGGUUCCCGGGUGCGGCACCUUGGGAAGUAUAGAGACGUGGCGGACUGUGUGCCAAAUCAUGAAGUGGAUUUCCAUUCCAGGGGGACUGUGACGUUGGAGCGGCAGACAUUUUACUGCAUUCCCGUCCCUGGAGAAUCAUCGUGGGUGAAGGAGAUGUACAACAGCUGCAGCCAGGCCAGGGUAUGUGCCUCGACAUCUUACACCCCAAACCGACAGAAGAGAAGCCUUGAAGAGGACGUAGACCAGACAUGUCACCCCGGCACACAGCAUGCAGAUGACGCUCAGGAGAAAUAUAAGCGACUGGAGAUCGAGCGGCAGGAGAUACAGCAGAGGGCCAGGGCCCCGAUCCCUUCACAGUCCUUAGACCUCUACUUCCCUCUCCCAGGAGAAAAGGGACCUGCCUGCCUGGUUAAGGUGUAUGAGAACUGGGACACCUUCAAAGUGAACGAUGUGCUGGAGGUGUAUGGAAUCUUGUCUGUGGAGCCAGCACUAAGUGUCCUGAAUGAGGAUCGAGAUCCAAUGUCGUCUCUGCUGGACCCCGCAGACUGUGCGGAUACCUUAGAGGAGCAGCGUGCACACAGCCCCCCCACAUCACUUGUGCCCAGAAUUCAUGCCAUAGUUAUCCAGAAGCUGCCACAUAACAACCCGCUGCUCCCAAGCUCUGUGUGUGAAACUGAGGAAAGCAAAGAGUGUGUAUCUAACUUCAUGUCUGAGCUCCCAUGUAUGAGGACAGAACUGUUGGGGUUCAUGACACAUGCGCUUCUGGGGGACAACUUGGCAGCUGAGUACCUCAUCCUCCACCUCAUCUCCACUGUGUAUUCACGGAGAGAUGUUCUACCACUGGGGAAAUUCUCCAUGAACCUCAGCGGCUGUCCUCAGAACAGUGUCUUCACCAGACCUUUCUAUCGCAUCCUGCAGCAAAUAGUAUCUGUGUCUCAUUAUCUUCCCAUGACAAUAGAAAACAUGAAUAGCAUGCGCUUCAUCCCUUGUAAGGAUUACUCCACAAACCGCCUAGUGAGUGGCCUCCUGCAGCUGCCGUCACACACGUUACUGGUGGUGGAUGAGACUGUCCUGGAGCAGGGCCAGCUGGACACAGCAGGAGUUCGUGGUUUAACUGCACUAGGUAACCUGAUCACCUGGCAGAAGGUGGACUAUGACUUCAGUUACCAUCAGAUGGAAUUCCCCUGUAAUAUUAAUGUCCUGGUUACCUCUGAGGGCAGGUCACUUCUUCCAUCAGACUGUCAGGUUCCCCUGAAGCCACAGAUGUGUCCGCCCAGCCUGGAUCAGUACAUGGAGGCCCUGCUGUCCGCCACCCUCCCAACUCUGCUCAAAAAGUUCCGCAUGUAUGUGAGCCUGCUGCAGUUUAUGGAUUAUACAAUCUCCGAAGAGAUCACCAAGGCUGUUGAAGAUGACUUUGUGGACAUGAGAAAAGGCGACCCGCAGAGUAUCAGCGCAGAUGACCUGCACCGCUUGCUGGUGGUCGCUCGGUUGCUGUCACUUAGCACUGGUCAGACCUCAUUGUCCCGUGAGACGUGGCUCCGAGCCAAAGAGCUAGAAAUACAGAGAAAGAGCAGACUACAAGAGCAGAAGUAUCUGAAUGGCAAUGAACUAUAAUCAUCUAAAAGGUUCCCCUCCAUCUGCAUCAACCUGCUGUCCUCUCCCGCCCGAGGAUCGACCUCCCUCAUUGGUCUGGAUAAAUUCCGUUACAUGCUUAGUCCUAGUUGCUGCAGAUUUUUUUUUUUUAGCCUUGCAUUUAUCUAGAAGUUAUUUUUUCUAUUAAAAUGUUAA